AUGGCAAACGAAGAUUUGGUGAAUAAGAUCAAAAAUGGGACGCUAGAAAUUGAAAAUGACACUGAUCAAGAGACGUACGAAUGGGUCCCUUUCGACCAUAUCGAAAAGCUGCUUGGAGACGAAGCCAAUGUAAGAGCGGUGCUCAGAGCGGUGCUCGAGAAGCAACCAAAAAUGACUCAUUCAGUACAUGACGACAUGACAAGAUUCGUUUUGGGAAAAGCCAAGCGGCUCUUUGCUGUGCUUGUUCGUUAUAAUAAACUGGAUUGGUUGAAACUGUUUUACGACAAAGGCUUCGCAGACGACCAAUUCCCUAUCGAGAGGAAAUCGGUAAAAGACCUAGGCCCUGGCUACGUCGGACCAGACUGCAAGUGGGCAGUUCGGUCAAUAAAAUACCCAGAGAACUAUGUUCCAUUCCCAGUCGAGAAAGAUGAUAUAGAUUACCUUUGCCGUUUAUGUCAAUGGCAUUUCUUUGUUCCAGUUUUUACCGAAGACGACGAGCCUGUCUACAUUUUCAGCCCUUCGCAAAUUCUUCCAUUCCUCGAGGAAAUAGAUACUGGUGUAGAGAGCAACUUCAGUGUCGUUAGGCAUUAUGUCAUUCAUCGCAGACAUAUCGAACUCCAAGACGAUCAAAUUGUAUGUGCUACGGAUGCCCGCGGGAAUCCUCAUGUUGCCGUUAAAAGGCUGAAAUUCGCAUGGAGCAAAACGGCAGGCAAAUCCAAAGAGAUUGCCCUGAAUGAAUCGAAUGUGUUGUAUCGGUUCAAGGAAAACAGGCACCGACAUUUGAUCAGAGUCAUCGCCUGCUACAGUCAAGGCAGUGACUACUUCUUCAUGUUUCCCUGGGCCCCGGGAGGGAGCCUGCGUGACUUUUGGAAGAAAUGCGAUAUUUUGGCCGAAGAAUCGCUCAACUUCGGCUCCAAAGACUGGGAGCUGUACAUCGAAUGGUUUCUGCGACAACUGAAAGGUCUCGCUGAGGCCAUCAAGAUUCUUCACUAUUCAAAAGAUAAACCAGGUGAAUCUUGCCGUCAUGGGGACCUCAAGCCCGAAAACAUCCUCUGUUUCGGCAAUCGAUUGCCUGCUAGGGGUGAAAUUCCGACAGAUAUUACUCUUGUUAUCACUGACGCGGGCCUGGCUAAGGUCCACGAAAGAGAAACCCAAGCCCGACUCGAUCCUACGACAACGCAAGGGGGCACACGAAGAUAUGCAUCUCCCGAAGUUGAGAUAGAUAAGAACCACGCGAGAUCCAGACUGUAUGAUAUAUGGUCCCUUGGGGUCUUAUAUCUGGAGUUUCUCAUCUGGAUCUUGUAUGGAAAAGAAAACCUCAAAAAAUUCCACGAUGACACCAGCGGCGACUACUGCUUCGACACCCACCCUGAGACUCGAGUCAAACCUAUUGUCACACAAUGGAUCCAAGCCAUCAAAGACGACCCCAGAUGUUCAUCUUCGGGACCCACCGCCCUUGGCCGCCUCAUCGACCUUAUCGAGAAUCGAUUGCUAGUGGUUGCUUAUUCUCAUAUGCAGGGCCAGUCUCCUGAUACUGAAGUGGAAUCUCAGGGAGCGAGGAGUUCUAAUAACGAGGUACCGCGGAUGCUAGUGACUCAACCAACUUGGUCCCCUUUGUCAGAUAAUAAGCCUAUACGAGCAGAUGCUGAAGCCACAUUAAAGGAGCUGGAAAAGAUCUACUAUGCAGCAAAGGAACAAAAGUCACUGCCAUGGAUCAACUGGGAUGGUAUGGCAGAAGCGGCGAAGCAAGGGCCAAAAAUCGUUUCAAAUCUCGAACCACGCCCCCGAAGGCCUUCGGUUUCCAAGUAUGAUACUACACCAAGGCCUGUUCGUGAAUUCCGAAACCCCUAA